UUACACAACAGGUAGGACGUGAUGACAGUCUGUGACGUAAAACACGUUACAGUGGAGCACCUGUGCUGCACGACUCGCAUUUCCCACUGGAGCAGCGGCACGAAGAAUUUGUCUCAAAGUUUGAAUGGGAGAAUGCAACUAAAGAGGCAACAGAUGAUGCCUUGGAUUUAGUUUAACCCACAUGAGUGAUAUGAAUAACACGCUGGAUGAAAUACACACUCCUGGAUGCCUCGGAGAGAAAGCAGAGAUUUUUCAGAGUGGCAGGGGUAAUGCAAGUGGCUUUCCUGGCCCAGCCCUCAUCCCUCUGCAAGCUCCUUUACUACAACCAAAUGCCCAGAAGAUCGGGACUCCGCUCUGCACGGGGAACAGGAGCAUUAAGGAGGGAGAGGAGUCAUAUCCUUCCCCUUUUCCUGAGUUUAUCCCCUCAACCAUCACCCCCCUUGUCUCUGAAUGUUUAUUACCACGGACCAAAAGUAGUGCAACUCAGGUAAUCAAAGUUUAUAAUGAAGAUAACACCAGCAGAGCGGUGGAGGUUCCCAGUGACAUCACCGCACGGGACGUAUGCCAGCUGUUUGUUUUAAAGAACCACUGCAUCGACGACCACAGCUGGACUCUCUUUGAACACCUCUCCCACCUGGGAAUAGAGAGAACCAUUGAAGACCAUGAGUCUGUUAUGGAGGUGCUUUCAGGCUGGGGAGUGGACGCCGAUUGCCGGCUGUACUUCAGGAAGAACUUUGCUAAAUAUGAAUUCUUCAGGAAACCUCUGGACUUCUUCCCAGAUCACAUGGUCUCCAUAUCCAGUGAAGCCAACGGCAUGGUGGAUCACUCUCAGCUCAUACAGACCUUUCUCAACUCCAGCACAUGUCCAGAGAUACAUGGACACCUCCAUGCCAAAGAGCAAAGCAGGAAGUCAUGGAAGAAGUUUUAUUUUGUCCUGCGGCGGUCAGGGCUUUAUUUCUCUAACAAGGGAACUUCCAAGGAACCCAGGCAUCUCCAGUUCAUCGCUGACUUCAGUGACAGUGAUGUCUUCACAAUGCUGUCAGCCAAAAAGCUUCAUGGAGCACCUACAGAUUAUGGCUUCUGUGUCAAGCCCACAAAGUGUAGCUCAGCCCGGGACUUGAAGUUGCUUUGUGCGGAUGAUGAACAGACCAGGACCUGCUGGAUCACCGCCAUGCGCUUGUUAAAGUAUGGGAUGCAACUGUACCAAAACUUCAUUCAGCCACAUCAGAAACAAAAAGCUUCACCAAUGAGAAGCAUCUCAGAGAAUUCCCUUGUGGCCAUGGACUUCUCGGGCCAAAAGAGCAGAGUGAUUGAGAACCCAUCUGAGGUGAUGUCUGUGGCUGUAGAGGAGGGACUGUCAUGGAGGAGGAAAAGCUGUCAUCGACUGAGCGGCCAUGGGAGUCCAUCUACAUCACAGAACUCUCUGUCAAACAUUGCGCUGCAUCUGGCUCAGUGCUGGUUCCACAGCAAACUGUCUCGGGACGAGGCUCAGCGUCUGAUCACUCAACAGGGUCUUAUUGAUGGGGUAUUCCUUCUGAGGGACAGCCAAAGCAACCCCAAGACAUUUGUACUGUCGCUGUGCCACAUGCAGAAAAUCAAACACUUUCAGAUCUUACCUGUGGAUGAUGAAGGGGAGUUAUUCUACAGUCUGGACGACGGACACACGCGCUUCACCGACUUGAUCCAGCUGGUGGAGUUCUACCAGCUAAACCGAGGCGUGUUGCCCUGCAAGCUAAAACACCACUGUGCCCGGAUCACCCUGUGAAUCAAGGGACCCAAGAGACCCCCGCGGGCCCUCAAGCACCUUAACUCCAGGGCCUUUCUGGAAACAAAACACUCCCAGUGUUCUCGUGCCUUGAAGAAGAAAUAUACACAGACUUUCUGAGCAGCCAACAGAAACACCUGUUAUCAUCCACAUUUACACACACUGUCAUAUGAGCUCCUUUUUCUUUAUAAGGAAAAAGAUGAAUUAAAGAAUAGACCAUAUCAUGAGUGAGCAGAUGUGUUGAGGAUGAUGUGCACCAAUGAAAGACUUGGUGGGUGUAAUACACUAGCUGGAAUUAAUUUUCAUAGAAAAUAUUCUAGUAUACAGUAAUUAUAUAAAGCCGUUAUUGUGGUUUGAAUCCCAACAAGGGAACCAUUUUUUUUUAACAGUAUCAUGCUGGGAAUCAUAGCAGACAACACCUCUGUCCAGUUAAGUAAAGAGUAAAACUAAGCUAUCUGUUCCAUUGUCGUUUCUCUAUGUUUUCAGGUAUUUUUUUUAUGAAAUCAUCAUUAUUUUCUACUAAAAAAGAAAAAAAAGACCUCAGGAAGUGUCACUGUGUGUGUGUCCUGUAAAGUGGAAACAGAGAGGGGUAAUGUACAGGUAGAGAGAAACAGCACACUAUUUAGCUAACCUGCACUGUACAUUUAGUUCUUGUGUUUCUGAUUUCAUUGUUGUACAUGAAAUUAGUUGUGGGAUUGCUUUUGAGCCACAGCCAUUUAAAAAAGAUUUCAGCAACACUUUAGAUAUAAGCUAUGAAGAUGGAAAUCAGAGUGUGUGCAACUGAUUGUGAUCACAUAUGAAUUCAUUGUAAUCUGGGUUUUUUAUAUUUUCCAAAGAUUCACGUACAUGUAUACAGUUUGCAAAACCUGGGCUUGUUACUAUUUUGAACGUAUUCUUCGGAUUUACAGUGUCAGACACUGUCUUUUUCUAAAAGCCAAUGAUGCAUCAGCUUUUUAAUACAAGGUGUUUGAAAUCAGAGACACGAUUGGAAUUACCACUUUCAUUUUUGUAUAAGCUGGGUUUCAGUGUGUUGAACAAUGAAUGUCAAAAAUUACAAAGUUUUAUAUAAAACAGUCUGUUUGUUA